ACGCCCGCAUUCUCUCAGGGCCGCACCCUGAGUCAACCCCGGGCAGCAUGGCUCUGCAACUUUUGCUCCUCCUCGUCUUGCAGGCCGGGAGCUGGGCUGAGAUGAGCCUCGCGGAUCUGGAGCUGUCUUCGGUGCCGAUACCAACCAAUAUUAAAAUUGAGGCCUAUAACUUUAAUACUGUCCUAUUGUGGGACUACCCAACCAUGCCACAGACCCCUGUUUUUACUGUACAGGUAAAGAACUAUGGGGAAGCAAUAUGGAUUGAUGCCUGCAAUACCUCUCAUCAUUAUUGUAAUAUCUUUUCCGUAAUUAAUGAUCCAUCACUUUCUCUCUGGGCGAGAAUUAAAGCUAGGCUUGGACAAAAAGAAUCAGCCUAUGCAGAGUCAAAAGAAUUUAUUUUAUGUAAACAAGGGAACAUUGGACCACCUGCAGUGGGUAUCAGAAAGAUGGAAAACCAAAUCAUCAUUGACAUAUUUCACCCUUUAACUAAUAUAAGUGGAAGAGAGCCAGUACCCAUCUAUGAUGAAAAUAAUUGUCACAUAUUCAUGUACACAGUGGAUUUGAGAAUAAAUGGAAGUAAGACCACGUAUAAAAUGAAAGUAGAGAAUGAAAAUGAUUGCAGUGAGACUCAGUGCCAUCUCGUGGUCCCCGUGUCCUCGCUGAAUUCUGACUACUGUGUUUCAGCCCAAGGCGAGUCCAAAGAUUGGCUUGUUAAAACUGAGAUGUCCAAAGAACUUUGUAUCACCACUUCUGAUGAUAACCACAUGGAAGAUCCUGUUUGGAUUCCAAUUGUUGCCGUUCUCCUACUUUUUCUAGUACUUAUCCUGGUAUUUGUAUAUUGUUACACUAAGAAGAUGAAUCCGUUUAAGAGGGAGAGCAUCAUGUUACCCAAGUCCUUGCUGUCUGUGGUAAAAAAUGCCUCUUCAGAGACAAAAUCUGAAUCAAAAUGUAUAUCACCCAUCACCUACCAACCGAUUGCCCCAGAAAAUGAGAAGAUGAUCUGGGAAGAGCACUUGUCCCCAGCAACGCUUGGUACGCCCACUGAAGACAACCUAGGAAAAACGGAACACCGAGAAGACGUUUCCAGUGAAAUAGAAGUGGUGACCACUGAAAAAAAUACUUCUGACGUGGCUCCUGGUAGCCCUCUGACCCCAGGAAUGAGAGAGAAUUCUGUCCAUCCAAAUAGUAACCAGUCUGAACCCUGUGUCGUCACCUUAAACUCCUAUCACUCCAGAAAUGGUUCUGAUAGUGGCGUUGUGGAAUCCGACAGCUUCUUAUCUGACUCAGAAUUUUCCCCAAAUAAUAAAACUGAACUAAAGACCGAAGGACAGGAGUGCGUAGUGCUGAGAAACACUACCACCUCCUUUGGUUACGACAAGCCGCAUGUGUUAGUGGAUCUGCUUGUGGACGAAGGUGGUAAGGAAUCCUUGAUUGGUUAUAGACUGACGGCAGAUUCCAAAGAGUUUUCCUAA